AUGCCUCACACAAACGGCACCAACAACGUCAACGGGGCCAGCAAGCCCAAGCCUCAGUAUGAACCCGAUUUCACAUCGAAUGUGAUCAAAGCUACUGGACCGAAAGCCAAUCCCCGCGUCGCGCAAGUCGUCGGAAGCUUAAUACAGCACCUUCAUGAUUUUGCGCGCGAUGUCGACCUUACAGUCGACGAAUGGAUGAUGGGCGUCAACAUGAUCAACCGCGCAGGCCAGAUGAGCAACGAGAGACGGAAUGAGGGCCAGCUGUUAUGCGACGUGAUUGGUCUCGAAUCGCUUGUUGACGAGAUUACAAACAAGCAGCUCGUAGGCGCCGACUACGAAGCCACGAAAACAGCCAUCCUGGGACCUUUCUUCCGACAUGAUACGCCGCCCACCAAGAAUGAUUCGAGUAUCAUCAAGACCAUGCCAAAAGAUGGUGAAGUGACGUAUAUGCACGGCGUCAUCCGUGAUGCUGCCACUAAUGAACCACUUAAGGGCAUUACAGUUGAUAUCUGGCAAUGCAGCACGAAUGGUCUCUACGAGCAACAGGAUCCGGACCAAGCAGAAUUCAACCUGCGCGGUAAGCUCACCACCGACGAGAAUGGAUAUUAUGGGCUGUACUGCUUGCGGCCUGUUCCAUAUCCUGUACCAUACGACGGUCCGGCUGGUGAGCUACUUAAGCUUCUGGACCGUCACCCUUACCGACCGGCCCAUAUUCACAUCAUUGCGGGGAGCGACAAGUACACUCCUUUGACAACCCAAAUUUUCGACAAGACCAGCAAAUAUCUUGCAGAUGAUUCAGUGUUCGCGGUGAAGGAUGACCUCGUCGUUGAUUUCGUGCCAGUUGAGAGCAACGAAAAGGCAUCUUUGGAGCUCACAUACAAUAUCAAGCUAGCUAAGAUAGUAGAGUAG